GAACCACUUUCAAGUUUCAAUGGAAAUGAUAGGAAUAUUCUGUGCCUAAUUAGUGGAACAUUUUCCCAUCAAUUAUUUAAUUUUGAUUUGUUCAGUGAAAAGCUGAAAAUGGCAGUGAGAUUUGCAAAGCUUUAAAGGGGAGUAGUGAGAGAGAGCAGAGCAGAGCAGAGCAGAGGAAUAGGGGAAGCCAUGGAUUUGCUUCCAGCGGAGAGUAGGCGUUUAGCACAGAAGCAUGGAUUUAGGUCUCUGAAGCUGGUGAAUGUGUCCAUGGACGAUGUUCUUGGUGAAGACCCUGUUGGAGUGGAUUAUGGUAGGCUCGAUAAUGGUCUAUGUUACUACGUCCGAUCCAAUUCUAAGCCCAGAAUGCGGGCUGCUCUCGCCCUUGCUAUUAAGGCCGGUUUUGGAAGAGGAGGAUGAGAGGGGAGUUGCUCACAUAGUAGAGCAUCUUGCUUUCAGUGCCACCAAGAAAUACACAAAUCAUGACAUUGUCAAGUUUCUGGAAAGCAAUGGGGCAGAGUUUGGUGCUUGUCAGAAUGCCUUAACAUCAGCUGAUGAAACCAUAUAUGAGCUUCUCAUUCCUGUUGACAAGCCUUUGUUUAACGGGACAUGCUGUCAGUCAUGUUGCAUCUUUGGUGGGGCCAGGAUUUCCCUUUCCGUCUUCCAUAAGUACUUUCUACUCUGCAUCAUGGUUUCUUCUUUAAACUUGCUAACUGAUUGCAGUAUGCUGAGCGUCUACCAAUUGGACUUGAAAAAGUGAUUCGGACAGUUUCGCCUGAGACUGUCAAGCAAUUUUAUCGGAAGUGGUAUUAUUAAUAUUUAAAUAAAUAAAUAAUAAAAAUCCCAAUAUAAGCGGACUCCUCCUUUCAUUUCGCUUAGAAAUCUCGAUCCUCUCUUUUUCUCUCUCCUUGCUUCUUCUUCAAGGUUGUUCCUUCUUUCU